CUUGCAGGGCCGGAGCCGCACUACCGAGACGGAAGCCUAGAGCGGCCGCCCCGCCCGCGUCUCCCCUCCACUCCGCCCGGCCGCCUCUAUCCCGGAAGUUGUAGCUGAGCGCUCGCUAGCGAGCACCUCUCCCCUGCGAUCUGGAGCGCCGGUGCUGGCGGAGCCGUCACCAUGCCCCUGGCUAGAGAUCUAUUACACCCUUCCUUGGAAGAGGAAAAGAAAAAACAUAAGAAGAAACGGCUGGUUCAGAGCCCAAAUUCUUACUUCAUGGAUGUGAAAUGUCCAGGUUGCUACAAGAUUACUACAGUUUUCAGCCACGCUCAGACAGUGGUUCUCUGCGUAGGUUGUUCAACAGUGUUGUGCCAGCCCACAGGAGGAAAAGCCAGGCUCACAGAAGGCUGUUCAUUUAGAAGAAAGCAACACUAAUCACCUGUACAAGUUCCUGAGUUUGUGUUUUUCACAGAAAGCCUUAUCAAGUUCAGUGACUCUACCAAGACAAUGUAACUGUGUUUGAUUUUAUAAAGUAUACAACAGUGAUCUCCUAUUUUGGUGUCAGUUUUUCAAUAAAGUUUUAAUUAUGGACAAA